GCUAGAUGGGCGUGCCUGUGUUCACUUUUUAAUCAUCAACACUUGUAAAUCUGAACUGUCAGCAACAAGUGAUGGAAGGCGAAACAAGACGAAGAGUUGGUACUGGUACGUCUGAAGAAGACGAGGAGAACGUCAAGCUAGUUCUACACGAUGUUCUUGAUCGUGAUCGACCCGACUCCCCAGACUCUGAAACAACAGACGAAGAGGCUGGCAGAUACCUUAUGAAAGGAGCCAACAAUAAUAAUCAUAAGAAGUAUCCUGAUGAUAGUAGCAGCGUUGAACCUCUAUCGUACAAGAGGCCACACUGGAAGAUAAGAUACUGCAAUGAGAGAUCAAGGAAGAUCAUGUUGGCAAUAUUUGUCCUCAUUUUGGGAAUUAUACUAAUAACAAUGGUGGCUGCUCCAAUGGGAGUUUGGGAUAAGAUGAGUCGUAAGACUUGUGCUGAGCUCAUGGAUGAAGAGGAAUAUGCUCCAUUUGCCUUUGACCCUGCUAAAGGUAGUUUCUCCUUGUGUCAUGAUGGUCAGUCACUGAUAUCAGGUAGCAUUGGUCUAGGCAGGUCCUUCUACAAUGAACCAAGAAUCAACAGAUAUAAAUACAGUAACGUGACCACACUAAACAUCACAAGACACAGUGUCAAACAAGAUAACUGCAUUAGGAUAGAAUGGGAAGGUGAUUCUUCUACUGACCUACCUCUCCUUGACUGCUUUGAUAUUAAAGAUGGAGUCUCCUGGUAUGGUGGAUAUGAAGUGUUCAAUCAGCAAUGGCCCAUUAACAAUGACAUGAGAACAAUGACUCCUUUUUUACCAAGAGAUAUAAUGCUUCAAAAUGCAUCACUGGAUUGGUUUGGCCCUGUACUACAUCCAGUUUGGUAUAACUCAAAAGGUGUUGUACUGUAUGUUGAUGAGGAUGUCCCACUACACAUUAGUGUUGAGACUAAUGGAGACAGUAAGAGGAUCUGUCUACAGUCUUUGUUUUAUUCUGCAAAAUGUUUCCCUGGCUCUUUGGCUUAUUCCCAUCUCAAGUACACUGUCUGUGGUUUUGAGAAUAUUUCUCGAUCGGCUCAAUAUUUCCUAAAAGAAUCGCUAGCAGUACAACACCCGAACAGUACUCCUUCUAUUGAUCUGUUCUUGAAACCCAUUUGGACCUCUUGGGCGGCCAUGAAGACUAACGUGACACUGGAUAAGUUAAAAGACUUUGCUAGUAAGAUAGUCCCACGCUACCCCAUCAGUCAACUUGAGAUCGAUGAUAAAUAUUCGACUUAUUACGGAGAGCUGGCUUUCGAUCCGAUCAAGUUCCCGCCUAAUACAGAUAUCAAUGCUACACUAUCAGCUCUUGGGGUUCCUGGUAUCUCAGCUUGGGUCCACCCAUUUAUAGAACCCUCCAUCCCUGGGUUUUCCGACUUACUCGAAAAUGGGACUUUUCUUCCUGGCGACAAUGUGGUGGAUGGUAACAGCGUCUCGCUCAUAAAAUGGUGGAACGGUUACGCUGGGGUGAUCAACUUUGCUAGCGAGAGCAUUAGACAGUGGCAGGCCCAAAGAUUAAAUGAUUUUGUUUGUAAAUAUUCUCUAGCUGGCCUCAAGUUUGAUGCUGGUGGUGAUAGCUACAUUCCUCAGUGUAUAUACAUUAAAGGUCUUACCCACCCAGGUGGGUUCAGCAAGGACUAUGUUGAAUUUGUUGCUAGUCAAAGUUACUCUGAUCGGACUGAAGUACGAGUAGGGUACUUCAAUCAGGGUCAGCCAUUGUUAUUCCGUAUUCUUGAUUUCCGGUCCGUAUGGGGUAUUGAUCAUGGGCUACAAUCAGUCAUACCUACUGUCCUGUCUCUUGGUUUAGCUGGUUACCCGUUCAUCCUACCUGAUAUAAUAGGAGGUAAUGGAUAUAACAACACAGAGCCUAGUAAAGAAUUAUAUGUCCGUUGGCUACAGCUCAAUACGUUUCUACCAGUCAUGCAGCUCUCAUAUGGUCCGUGGCGUUACAAUGAUCCAGUGAUAGAGUCCCAUGCUGCUGAAAUGAUGAAACUACAUGAGAACAUUACUACCCAGUACAUACUACCUCUCUUUAAUGAUGCAAUGAAGUAUAAUUAUCCACUCAUUCGUCCUUUAUGGUGGAUUGCUCCUAAUGAUGAGACUGCUCUGAGACUCAACGAUCAGUUUCUUGUUGGUGAUACUUUAUUGGUUGCUCCUGUUGUGACACAGGGGGCAUUAAAUAGAACUGUUUAUUUUCCGGCUGGUUCGUGGAAGUGUCUUGCAAGUGUGUGUUCUGGUAAUUCGUUUCAGAGUGGGUGGAGUAAACCUGUUUCUGUUACUUUGACAGAUAUAUUGUAUUUUAAAAAAGAAUUGUGAUUAUUUUGUUAUUAUUGAGGUUAUUACCCUUUUAAAAAUUAUAUUAUUAUUGAUCAUUUAAAUUUCUGUUGCAAAUGA